AUGAGUACAGACGAAUUUUCAUCAACAACAAACAAUUUGAAUAAUUUACGAACUGCUGACUGUGACACGACAAGUGUCCUACAGACAACCAUUGAUAAAUUAAUUCAACGUGGUGAUAAAUUAGAGAAUUUAAAUAAACGUGCUGAAACUUUAUCCGAAUCAGCCUGUCGAUUUCAUGGACGUGCUGGACAAAUUCGUCAAUCAAUGAGAUGUGAAAAUUAUAAAGUAACAAUUAUAAUUAUAUGGGUUGUUGUUGUAAUUAUCACAAUUAUUGUAAUAUUAGUUGUACAACCGUGGAAAGAGUGA